AUGUUAGCGAAGUGCGCGAUCGUGGGACGCGGCGUGCGGGCGCAGCGGGGGACAGUGGCGCCGGUGCUGGGCAGGAGGCGUGUGCGCGCCGCGGCGGCCGCGGAUAGCGCCGGGGCGGAGCUGCUGGAGCUGCGCAAGGGCUUCCACAGCGUGCAGACGGAUGGCGCGGAGUUCCUCGUCGCGACAGACGACAAGGGCAACCUGGACCUCGGCCAGAUCUUCAUCGUCGACGUCGACGAGGACGGCGACGAGCAGUUCUCGCGCCCUGAGAUCAGAGGCGAGCUUCCGUCGGGCCUCCUGCCGUACCAGGAGAUGCCCUUCUUCAGCAUUCAGACGGGCAUGGCGUUCAAGGACAAGCCGGAGGUCCGCAAGGUGCAUGCCGUAACGCUGGUGAGCGUGGCGGAGCUGCCGUCCGACGACCGGACGCAGCUCAUGGACCUCGCCAGCGUGGUGACGCUCGACGGGGCGGAGCGCGUCGUGCGCAGGGAGGAGGUGACGAUUUGCGGGGAGCCGGAGAAGCCGAUGCUGCGGUGGACGGCCACGCAGGGGUGGGUCGUCGCCGACGAGGAGGCGAUGCCGCCCAUGAGUGUCGCAGCCGCGAUGCACCACCAGGGCUUCUUCGACGACGUGAAGGAGGCGGAGGACGAGGAGCUGCCGAAGCCCAUGGAUCUGUCGGACCUCGAGGGCGUGGACGAGGACGACUUCGACGUCCAGGACAUUCCGUCCGCUGACAUGAUGUGA